UCUCCCUGUGUCAGGCACACCCAGGCUGUGUUCUCCCGCUCUGGAAUCAGAGCUUCUCGCAGAUUUCUGUCAACAAAUAAAGAUUUUGUUACCGGAGUUCACAGCAAGUAUCCUAUCUGCUCUAAAUGGCUGCCUUUUCCCAUUCAACUACUUACGACUUGCCUCUUUGGCGUCCAGAUUCUGUCAAUACUGAACGUACGUUAUUCUACAGCUCCCCUUCAUCAGAAACCCACUCGACAGAGUCCUACGCUAAAAAUGUAUCCUAUUCCCAAAGCAUUGAAGAAACCUUUAAAAGCAAAGUGACUGUGACCGAAACCAAGUCUUCAGUCAGCUUAGAGAAUGGAGGGGAGAAGCCUAGCACCAAAUCUUCACUCUGCUUAGAAGAUGGAGAGAAAAAGUUCAACACCAAAACUUCAGUCAGCUUAGAGAAUGGAGAGGAGAAGCUUAACACAGAACUGGCCACAUUCAAAGACAAGAUUAGAUACCUGGAGAAACAGCGGGAGAUUUUGAAGCAAAGAUGGUCAAUGCUGCAGGAAGAAGAUAAUUCUGAAAAAGACCUGGAACCCAUUUACCUGUCAUAUAUAAGUCGCAUCCUUGGUCAAGUCAAUGGUGUUACAAAGAGAAACAACCAGACUCAGAAAAGCCUACUGGAAUUGAUGGAUUCGGUCAAUGACAUAAAAGACAAGUAUGAGGAUAAGUUGCGCUCACGAACUGACUAUGAAUAUGCCUUUGUGCAACUGAAAAAGGAUGUGGACAAUUGUAGCUUAGACCGAACUGAACUGGAAGCAAAACACCAGGAGCUAAAAGGGACAAUUGAGCUUAUGAAGUUAGUUUAUGAGCAGGAAUUAAAAGAUGCAAUGGAAGAGUCUGGGGAUAUUUCUGUGCUUUUGAACAUGUCCAAUGUCUGUCCAUUAAACCUGGAGAGCGUGGUACAGGAGGUGAAGGAACGGUAUGAGAGCAUUGCAGCGCGGAGUCGGGAAGAGGCACAAGCGCUUUCGAGGAGUAAGUUACAGCAAGGAGUACAACAAGCUGGACGCUACGAGGCAGAACUGGAGAACAGUCGCAGUCAGAUCACACAGCUCAACAGCAAAAUCCAAAGGCUGAGAUCAGAGGUCCUAAGUGUUCAAAAUCAGUGCGUACAAUUGGAACAACAAGUGUCAUUGGCCAAGGCAGACACUAAUACCUCUGUCCAGGAUGCCAAUGCAAAGCUAGCCGAAGUACAGGAAGCCCUGCAAAAGGCAAAGUUGGAUGUCAACCGGCAGUUACGGGAGUACCAAGAGCUGAUGAACGUCAAACUGGCUCUGGAUGUGGAGAUUGCUACGUAUAAGAAACUGCUGGAAGGAGAAGAGAGCAGGUUACAGUCACCACCCGUUGUGAAUAUUCACCGUGAAACUGAUGUUAAAAGAUUUGACUUCCAGAGACCUUCCCGAUCUCGGACAAGCAGUAGUUCAUGGAGUGUUCAAAGCAAUUAUUCAGACAACUAAGUGGCAUCUGGAUUAUAGCAAACUACCCUGUGUCAAUGCCAUCAAUGCCCCUUCUCUGUGUCAAUGCCAUUCCUACCUGCCAUAUCAAGGCUAAAUGCAUUAGGUGUAAAUGCAUUGGCCUCCAUUUAUUAAUCUGUCUGAGACAAAAAUGUGCCCUACUUGCCUGUAGCAACCAAUCACAGCUCAGCUUUCAUAUCUCAAACUGCUCUUGUAAAAUUAACACUGGGCUGUGAUUGGUUGUUAUUGGCAAAUCAGACAGAUUGAUAAAUCUUGGCCAUUGUCUUGUGUGUGUGUUUUUUUAUUUUUUGGAAAUUGUCAAAAAGUUUUUAGGAUUUGAGAAAGUAUAAAAAUAGCAAUUAGAAAAAAUAAGUUAUGCCAAAACUGCUCAAGUGUAAAUGCAAGGUGUGCAAUUAUUUUCUGUUUUAUAGCUAAUUCUUAUUUGUAUAAUUUGUGUCAUAGUGAUAUGUUUUGAUUGUCAAUGAAAGAAGCCAAUGGUCUACAGUUGUCUAAACUAUUCACACAUGCAAAGGUGAUUACAAGCUAAAAGGAUAGAAGUAAGGUGGAAGUAGGUUGCAAUAAUAUGCUACCAUUUUAACAAGUGAAUACAUCACAAGCAGCUUAUAGUAUACAGUUAAAAGAUAACUUGUCAAUGUAAGGGUAUAUGGUCAUGGACAGGACAACCACUAGUCUAUAUAAAAGUAUAUGGUCAUAGACAUGACAACCACCAAUCAAUAUAAGGGUAUAUGGUCAUGGAUGUUACAACCUCCAGUCUAUAUAGGGCAUAUGGUCAUGGAGAGUUCAAAACUACCUGUAUCCUGUCUCUAAGUUUAAUUUUAACAGCAGAAAGAAACCCUUGGGACCCUGUUAAAGUCAAUAGGAUCCAUUGGUGUGGUGCAGAGGCAUAGUUUAAGAACGGCUCUGUCAUCCUCCACUGCCACAAAUCCAUCCCCCCCCUCUGUCAUCUUCCACUGCCACAAAUCCACCCCCCUCUGUCAUCCUCCACUGCCACAAAUACAUCCCCCCUCUGUCAUCCUCCACUGCCACAAAUACAUCCCCCCUCUGUCAUCCUCUACUGCCACAAAUCCUUCCCCCUCUGUCAUCUUCUACUGCCACAAAUCCAUACCCCCUCUGCCAUCCUCCACUGCCACAAAUCCACCCCCCUCCCUGCCAUCCUCCACUGCCACAAAUCCAUCCCCCCUUCUGUCAUCCUCCAUAGCCACAAAUUGCACAUAUAGCACAGCCACCCCAACCCCCCAAAGCGCACCCCCCCCCUCUUGUAGAGUGCAGCCGGGAAAGGGACAUGUCCGUGACGUGAGGGGCGUCCCUGCACACGGAUGUCUGCUGCUCUUAAAGCGGCACCGUCCGUACCCUUGGGGCAGCAGCCAGCCCAGAGCGCCGCCAUCAGAGAAGGCGGCCUCCCAUUAGGAUGACAGGAGGAGGUGAGAAGGGGGGCUGAUGGACAGAUGGACAGCCCGGCAUGUCCUCACUUGAGUAUAAGCCGAGUGUGGCUUUUUCAGCAUAAAAAAUGUCCUGAAAAACUCUGCUUAUACUCGAGUAUAUACGGUAUGAAUAUUUGGGAAUUAACAUAACACACAACCUGUAUAUGUGAUGUCCUUUAUUUGCAAUGGCAAAUGUACCUCUUCUGCCUGUUGUCCUUACGGUUUACAUGCAUGUAAACCCUUCCUAAUAGAUUCUAUUCCUAAUAUAAGUGCUUUAUACUACUAAUGUACUUUAUAUAUUGCAAUUUAGUUUUCUAGUAACUAUUUUAUACAGAAAAAUGUAUGUCUUAUGUAUUGAUUUCAUCAAUGCUAACUGUAUUACUGCAAAUGCUUUGGCCAUAAUAAAGCAUCAUACCAGCCAUACCUGUCAUAGAUUCUGUCAUUCCUAAGCCUCAUACAACCUGUUAUUUAAGGCCCUGAGAAUCUGAAUUGUAGGCGCAGCCCCUGAGGCCUGAACCAAGGUAUAGAUGUUCCUUUAUAUUUUAGACAUUUUUGACAAGUGAAAAGGCAAGAAAUGACUGUAGAUUUUUAUCCUGUCACUCAGUGCAGAAUUACUACUCUCGUAGCUGUAAGCAUCUCUUCUUAGGAAUACCCACCACAAGGGAAAGGCACAAUGACUAUGAAAGCAGAUAUCACACAAGAAUGUAGAAAUGCAAAAAAAGGGCGUUUCAUUCAAGUAAUUGGAAAUACAUUAAUAUAGUAGGUGAAAAGAAAAGAAAUAAAGAUACAUUAG